GUCACGUGACGAGUCGGCGGCGCUGGCGGUUGCUGUCAGCUGAUUCCCCCGGUUGGUGGCUGGGGCAGCCGCGGCGAUGGACUUUCUCCUGGGGAACCCGUUCAGCUCUCCGGUGGGACAGCGCAUCGAGAAGGCUACAGAUGGCUCCCUGCAGAGCGAGGACUGGGCCCUCAACAUGGAGAUCUGUGACAUCAUCAACGAGACUGAGGAAGGUCCCAAAGAUGCCUUCCGAGCAGUGAAGAAAAGAAUUGUAGGGAAUAAGAACUUCCACGAGGUGAUGCUGGCUCUCACGGUCUUGGAAACCUGCGUCAAGAACUGCGGGCACCGCUUCCACGUGCUGGUGGCCAGCCAGGACUUUGUGGAGGGCGUGCUGGUGAGGACGAUCCUGCCCAAGAACAACCCACCCACCAUCGUGCACGACAAGGUGCUAAACCUCAUCCAGUCCUGGGCUGACGCGUUCCGCAGCUCGCCCGACUUGACGGGUGUGGUCGCCGUCUACGAGGACCUGCGGAGGAAGGGCCUGGACUUCCCGAUGACCGACCUGGACAUGCUGUCGCCCAUCCACACACCCCAGAGGACCGUGUUCAGCUCAGAGGCGCCAUCAGGGCAGAAUUCUGUGGGCACUGAUGCCAGCCACGGAGGAGACUCCACCCAGCACACCGCCCCCCUGCCCGUCCCGGCCGCACUCCCCAGUGACACACCCAUCACGCCAACCCCUGAGCAGAUUGGGAAGCUACGCAGCGAGCUCGAGAUGGUGAGUGGGAACGUGAGGGUGAUGUCAGAGAUGCUGACGGAGCUGGUCCCCACCCAGGCAGAGCCUGCAGACGUGGAGCUGCUACAGGAGCUCAAUAGGACGUGCCGAGCCAUGCAGCUGCGGGUCCUGGAGCUCAUUCCCCGAAUCGCCAAUGAGCAGCUCACGGAGGAGCUGCUCAUCGUCAACGACAACCUCAACAACGUGUUCCUGCGCCACGAACGGUUUGAACGGUUCCGCACGGGCCAGACCGGCAAGGCCCCGCAGGAGGCCGAGGCAGCGGCAGACUUGAUUGACAUGGGCCCUGACCAGGCGGCCACCAGCAGCCUCUCAUCCCAGCUGGCGGGAAUGAACCUGGGCUCCAGCAGCGUGAGGGCUGGCCUGCAGUCUCUGGAGGCCUCGGGCCAACUGGAAGGCGAGUUUGACAUGUUUGCGCUGACCCGCGGCAGCUCUCUGGCUGACCAACGAAAAGAGGUGAAAUACGAAGCCCCCCAAGCAACAGACGGCCUGGCUGGAGCCCUGGAUGCCCGGCAGCAGAACACUGGAGCGAUCCCCGUCACCCAGGCCUGCCUCAUGGAGGACAUCGAGCAGUGGCUGUCCACUGACGUGGGGAAUGACACGGAGGAGCCCAAGGGCGUCACCAGCGAAGUCGAGGCCUGGCUGGAGGCCAGAGGCAGCAGAAGCUUCUGUUGCAGCCUCCGGUCCAUUCCCCGGCCCCUGCCUCGUGGACCCCAAAGGCUUUGGCUAGCUGUCGAGGGCCAGCUGUGGGGGCCUCUGCCCAGCCGCACGCUGUCCACGUACGAAGCUGCGUGUGGUGGGGGCGAGACCCCAGCAGCCCCAGGCCGCAAGGAGAGGCUCCUGGAGCACCUGUGGCCCCCACGACCUCCACUGCCUUUUCCUCCAUCAUCCUCCUCCUGUUCCUCCCGCCUCGACUCGCCCCAUCGCUCUCCUGAGCGACCGCCCUCCAUCCCGAGGGCACCUCCACACUCGCUGUCCCCCCCUCGGGCCAGCUCCUGUCCUGCAACAGUGAUCACAGAGGAGCGGCUGCAGACGGGGAGAGGGGCGCGGCUACCCCACGGGCCCGGCUGUCCGGUGGAGUCGCUUUGCCUCAGUGGUCCAAACCCCAGCUCCCCGCCUGCCUCCUGCGCGUGUGAGCGGCGCAUUAGCCCAGGUGAUGCCAAGGCCGGGGUUUUAACCAGUGCGAGGUGUCGCCUGCGCCUGCUCUCGUCCCUUGGCAGGUGGCCCCCAGGCCAAGGGUCGUGGUACGGAUUAACAGAGGAGGAGGAGCACAGCACCUGUCAAGAAGAUGCUCCCCACGUGCUGCCACGGAUGAAUGGCCCCGGGCUCGGGUCAGCGUCCCACGGUGGCCACGAGAUGGCAGCAGCGCGACACAAACCGGGCCCGCAGGGGCACGCGAGCACGCCGUCCACCACCGCCCAGGCGGCCACCCUCUCCCCGGCUGACCCGGGCACCGGCCCUCUCUGCCCUCGCACAGGGGUCCUGGGCCCCCAGUCCAAACCCCGCAAACUCCCUUACCCUCUGCCUCCCAUCCCCCGCACGCUGACAGUGGACGCUGUGUCCAGCGUGGCACAGCGGACAGCCUUGUCCCUGCCCCCAGCUGCACACCUGUUCGUCCAGCCCCCCGGGCCCACCCACUGCUUGGGUCAGAACCCCAACCCACACCGGCAGGAGCUCAGGACAGCCGUGCUUACUGUGCCCAGGGUGCCACCAUGGCUGCCACAGGCCCUGGCCUCACUCUUCAUCACGCACCACGGGUCGUGA